UGCAAGUAGACGUCAAACCGUUGAUCACUGUACUUGUUAUUUAUAACCUAAAACAUUUUAUUUGUUUACAGCAAAUCGAAAUAUUCGCUUUGUUGAGUCAAUUAGAUCAAUUUGUAUGUUAAUAAAUUGAUUUGAAGUGUUAAGUAGAGAUGGAAACAACAAAAGGAGAUGCAUCGGACGAAGAUGUUCCCAGCGAUUUCUUCGACGAUUUCAAUAAAGACGAGUUCAUGGAGGGUCUGCAGGUGAUCGACAGUUGGGACGACAAGGAGAAGAAACGCCGGAUGUCGCGCAUCGAUACGGAGGCGUUGGACAGCGUGAAGGAUCUUCGUGAGCUGAUCGACGACCGGCACAGCAAGGACCGCCACGGCCCCCAGCGGCAGCGCUUGAAGGACGACCUCGACGAGUACAUUAAACCGGGCAGUCGCCGCGACCCCAACAAGACCAAGGAAGCCAUCAAACGCGACAAGGAAGUCAAGGUCAAGGAGUUCCUCGCCAAGAGUUUGGACGCUACGGACGAGCUGAAGCCACCCGGUACGGAGCUGGACGACUUCUUUGAAGAAAACAAGGCACCAAAACCACCGCUGGAGGAGACGCCGCAGAAAAAGAAGCGUUCGAGAUCGAAAGAGCGUCAUCAGUCACCGGUCAAACACCAACGGAGGAGUCCCCGUCGCAGCCCAGCGCGUCGCAGCCCGACACGACGUAGUCCAGCACGCCGCAGCCCUGGACGCCGAAGCCCUGGACGCCGAAGCCCUCGGCGCAGUCCUAGAUGGUCGCCGGGUCGACGCGGCGCGUCACCUUUCCGCGGGAAACACCAGUUCUUCAAGCCGCGCUGGAUCCACCCUAUGAACCGGCACUUCAGCCCGCGCCGCAGCCCUCGCCGCAGCCCCCGCCGCAGUCCCCGCCGCAGCCCCCGCCGGCGCUACUCACGCUCGCCGCCGCCGCGCCGCUACUCCCGGCGCUCACGCUCCUCAUCCAGAGAACGAGACAGAGACAGCUUCCUUUACCCCAGAGAAUCUAAACUUGACUAUCCACUUUUUGACAUUCCUGACCCACAAUUCUCUCAAAUACAUCCUGGGUCAAUUCCGGGAUAUCCAUACCCCCAGAUGCCCCAGGAAUAUCCUCCAGGAUAUACUGGUCCUCCGUUUAACUUUCUGGCUCCUGGACAGCCACUGGCUCCGGGCGUUCAAGUAACAUUUCCAAAUUCAGCACCUGCACCUCAACCUGUACCCGCACCUAUGAUGAAUCCGGUGCCGCCUCCAAUGAUGAACCCUGUGGCGCCUCCAAUGAUGAACCCAGUGCCACCAAUGAUGAAUCCUGUCCCUCCCCCGGCCAUGGUCCCAGCCCCUACACAAGUACCUCUUCCAGAGAAACCUCCACUUCCCACUCCCAUUAAGGAUGUCACUAAACCGUUUGAUGCACUGGCUCAAUUAGUGGCAGAAGGCAAAAUUAGCCAAGAGGACUAUUUAAAGCUGGCACCAACAAAGGUCACCAGUAUGGACACAAACAAAAGAGUAAUGGUGUUGAAUCGGUGUACCUCGUCAUUGACCAAGCUGUCACACUUGAUGCUGCCGAACCGUCUGGUGAUGAACAACAGCAUGGUGGGCCCGGAGCAGAAGAGCCUCGUCCCUAAAUACUGUUCUCCGCUGAAACGUCAAGGCGCCGUCGAGUUCCACUUCACGAAGAUGAGCGGGCGAGCCACAGCGCAGCAGAACAAGCAGUUAGUGAAUAGUAUCAUCAACACGCUAGGAUUGGAGAAGGUGGUUGGGAGACAGAAGAUAAAGGUGCCUAAAGACAUGAGGGAUGCGGCGUGUCAGACCAGCAAGCCGUACUGCGACGUCUGCGAGAUCCGGGCGUCGACGCGGCACUCCGACGCGAGCACCAGUGUGGACGCGGAGCAUUUCUGUUCAACAGUCCAUACACAAGUGGUGGAGCAGGACCUCAUGAGUUCUAAAGCGGUGUUCGCUCCGAGCGGCAGCAUAGCGGACGGUGCGCCUAUCUCUAUCGCUCAUAUGACGCCGGCGCAGCUCGUCUCGCAGCUGGCCGCUCGGGCGAAGACUUUGAAACAGACCGACCCUGUCCCCCCUAACGCUAACCAAUAUAUGAGACGACCGAACUACGAUCAGCAGUAUCAGAAUAACUAUAAUAAUUAUCGCUAUUAACCUUUUGGUUAAUAUUUAUA